AUGGCAGAAACCCCAGACGCCAAACCUGCCGCGUCGGAGCCAGCCCAGUCCAUCGAGCCGAAACCAGAUAUCAAAGAAGAAGACACCGGCGAAGAUAAGUCCGAUAAUGAAGUAGACGCAGCAGAAGCCCACAAUGGCGAAGAACCGGCUGUCACAAGUGAGCAGUAUAAGGCGCUGAAAAACAUCACGGAAGUCUUGACGAAUUAUAAGGUAAAAUUAAAGGGCGAUGAAGAGCAUUUUCCUUCCACAUUGUUCAGACGCAUCCCGAAUAGACGAAACCUCCCGGAUUACCAUGAAAUCAUCAAAGACCCUGUUGCGCUCAGUACCCUUAAGGGCAAGAUACAGAGGAAGCAAUAUACAGGAAUUCCCGAGUUCGUGCGUGAUUUCGCCUUCAUUGUUCACAAUGCCCAGGUGUACAACCGGCCCAACUCAGGUCCAGUAAGGGAUGUGUUGGAGUUGCAGAAGGUCUUCAAGGAGGAGUUGCAGAAGCUGGUGGACCAAGGGUUGAUCAAACAAGAAGAAACAGCAUUUCCGGAUCUUGGUGAAAUCCCCUAUGCCACUCCCGAACCAGAUCCCGCCGAUGAUGAGGACGAAAAUGAAGACGAGGCAGAGGAUGACGAGGACGAGGACGAUGAGGCCGACGAUUCAGAUGACGACCGGCGUCGGAGGCGGAGUCGCAAAGGACGACCAAGCAUAUCCGGACGAAAAGGUCGUGAUGACGAGGACGAGAAGUUGAACGAGGGCGAUGUUCGUAAGCGUCGCGGCCGCCCUCCGAAAGUCGAUACGCCAAUGGAAGCCAGGAUCAAGGCUAUCCUCAAGGGUAUCCGAAAGCCGAAAGACAAGGCCGGCCACCUCAGGAUCCUUCAUUUCGAGCGACUGCCUGACAAAGCAGAAUAUCCGGAAUAUUUCCUGGCGAUCAAGGAUCCCAUCGCGCUUGAUACCAUCAAAAAGAAGGCCAAAAGGAAGAAGUAUCAGUCUUUGGAGCAGUUCAUGAAGGAUCUCGACUUAAUGUUCGACAACGCCAAACAAUUCAACGAAGACGGCAGCGAAAUAUACCAAGAUGCGGUGGAACUGCAGGCUGAAGCGCAGAAACUUCUGGAAAUUGAGAAAGCGAAGCCUGAUGAAGAACAUCUCAUGGAGGACGGGCGACGGCCUCUACCGUCUGGCAUCCUGUACAACAACGAGCGCUGGAAGGUUGGCGAUUGGGUGCACAUCCAGAAUCCCAACGACGUGACCAAGCCCAUUGUGGCUCAGAUCUAUCGGACAUGGGAGGAUCUCGAAGGCCAGAAAUGGAUCAAUGCAUGUUGGUACUAUCGUCCGGAGCAGACGGUCCAUCAGUAUGAGAAACACUUCUUCCCCAACGAAGUGGUCAAGACAGGUCAAUACCGGGAUCACCGGAUCGAGGAAGUCGUCGACCGGUGCUUCGUCAUGUUCUUCACCAGAUACAGCCGUGGCCGCCCGCGGAACCUCGACCCGACCAAAGAGGUCUAUGUGUGUGAGGCGAGAUACAAUGAGGAAAAGCACCGGUUCAACAAGAUCAAGACCUGGGCCAGCUGCUUGCCGGAUGAAGUUCGUGACAAGGACUAUGAGAUGGACUUGUUCGAUACGCCUCGAAGGAUCAAGAAGAUCCCCAGCCCGCUGAAACAUCUCUUGAAGGAUGACAUGAAGGAGACCGAUGAGAUCCCGGCUCCCACCUGGGGCCAUCCAAAUGCACCUCCCAUCGUUGGUGCCAUUCACAAGCAGCCUCGCGAUGAAAAUCAAUCACCACCACCUGAACCGACACCACCACCUCCUCCAACUCCUCCACCUCAACCAGUGCGACAAGCUUCGACAAACACGAUGCCGAACAUCCAGUCUCGCCCCAGUAUUGACAGACAGGUCAGUACAGGCUCUGGAAACCUACAACCUCAACGGACGCGUCCGUCCCCGUCACUCACACCUCACAUCAGCCCAUAUCCCAAACAGUCUAUCUCGCCUGCUCCCCAGUACGGCCGACAGCCUCUCUACCAGCAACCGCAACACCCACCACUCCAGCCCAACAUUGCUCCGCAGACACCCACUCCUCACACACAGUUGCCAUACGCGUCGCAUCAGCAAUUACAUCCUCAACCAAGUUUGGCCGCCGCCGGCACCGUCGUCCAUCCAACCGGUUACGGCGGUGCCACACCCGCUCAAGCUUACGGCCGUCCACAAGUCCAGCCUGCGCCAUCACACGCUGGUUAUGUGCCAACCCAGACAGACGUGCGCGCGGCCGAGGUCUACGUCCUCUCCGACAUUGCAAAUGCAUCCAUCCCCAAGCGUAUCCGAGAUCGCUUCCCUCAAGACGAUCAAGGGCGCGUGCUCUUCUUCGCCAAACCCCCAGCGGCUCAUGACAUGAUUGCCAGAGGCAAAGAUGGACAACCAUUGGCCCAUACGGAGAAGUACCUGGCUGCGAAAGCGGAGCGGGAUAAGAUCAUCGCCACACGAAAGCGGGCACGAGAAGAAGAAGAAAAGGUGGCCGACUCGAAACGACCCCGGCACACGAAUGGACUUGAGAAGGCGUGA